AUGAGCAGGAAAGGGCACUUCAAACAGCUCUACCUGAAAUGCCUUUGUGCAGCCUCACCAAACAUAAAGCUUAUAGAAGAGAUUGCCAGAGUAGAUUGUAAGGAUGCAUUGGAAAUGAUCUGUAAUCUGGAGUCAGGGGGACGAGAAAACCUCACUUAUACUGUGUGCAGCAUUUCUGUCCCGUCAACUACAGUUUGGGGAAAUGUAUUGUGCAUGGGAAUUAACACUGUUCUGGAGCAAACUACAAAGAAGGGUUGAGCCAUCUAUCCAGGUGUAUCUGGAAAUAUGUCGCCAACUGUCUCAGCUGACAAAAACAGUGUAUCAUAUCUUCUUUCUAAUCAAGGUUAUUCAGUCAGAGACUGAAGCUGCAGGACUUCCAACCUGUAUUGAAUUGUGUGUCCGAGCCCUACGAUUGGAGUCAAGUGAAAAUGCCAAGGUUAAAAUCUCUAUUUGCAAGACAAUCUCCUGUUUAUUACCUGAUGAUCUGGAGGUUAAGAGAGCCUGUCAACUCACUGAGUUUCUUUUGGAGCCUACUGUGGAUGCAUAUUAUGCUGUUGAAAUGCUAUAUAAUCAGCCAGACCAAAAAUAUGAUGAGGAAAGUCUUCCUGUACCAAACUCACUGCGGUGUGAACUGUUGUUGGUCUUGAAAACUAGAUGGCCUUUUGAUCCAGAGUUUUGGGACUGGAAAACUUUAAAGCGUCAAUGCCUUGCUUUAAUGGGAGAACAGGCAUCUAUCGUGUCUUCUAUUGAUGAGUUGAACGAUAAUGAAGCAUAUGAUCAAAUGGAUAAUUACGAGGAAUUUUAAGGAUGAUACAGCAAAUGGACUUGAAAGCUUUGAUGCUGCCCCUAUUCAGGAGAUCAGGAAAGAAAAGCAAAAAAAAGAGACCAAUUAAGAAAAUGAGAGAACAUGGAUAUGUUUCGGCAAGAUUUAGAAACUGGCAGGCAAGCUUAUAUGCAGUACUGCGUGUUAUGUGACAAGGAGUUUCUUGGUCACCGGAUCAUUCGGCAUGCACAGAAACAUUGUAUAGAUGGCAUCUAUAGCUGCCCAAUAUGUGCAAAACAAUAUACCACUAAAGAAACCUUUAUUCCUCAUGUAACGUUGCAUGUUAAGCAAUCCUGCAAAGAGAGACUGGAAACCAUGAAACCUCUCAAGCGAUUGCCAAAGUUACCUAAAAAGGAGCCUGCAUGUAAGAAACCAGAAACCAUUACAAAACAAGAGAGGCAAGUGAAAAAGAACACUUUU